AUGAAUAAUUUGAAGUUAUACGGGUGCAACAGUUUAACGAAUAUAUAUGCAAAAGAUAAGGAAAUUAAUGAAUAUAUAAAUGUUUUGCAGUACGUGGACUUAUCAAAUGAGGACGCUAGCAAUUUUAACAUAUUUAUUUUUGAUGAAUUUCACAAUGUUAAACAUGAAGGAGGGGGGUAUGAUGAAAAGAAUGCAAGUUGUUGUGAAGUAAAUAAUUCAGCUUGCAGUGAAGUAAAUAAUUCAUCUGUAAAUAUUAAAAGGGAAUAUGAAGGAAUAUAUAGAAUGGAGGACGAAAAAUUAAAAGAACAAAAAUGUGGGCAUAAUUAUAAAAGCAUCAAAGAAAAAACCAAGUAUUACGAAAUGUUUAUUUUUUUCAAUGUCACAUUUGAUACUCAAUUGAUAAGUAAUAUGUUAGGGAUAGACAUAUGUGAAAGACCAAUGUGUGUAGACACUUUAGAAAAUUCCAAGGAGAAGUUAAUAUUGUUCAAAUGUUCAGGCAAUGAAAAGGGGGGAAAUCAAAAUAUAGAAUUAGAAAAUAAUAAUGCAUUAUUUGAUAAUACUAACAAUAAAAAUUCCAAAUUAAAACAAAUUUUGCAACACUUGAAUAUUGAAUGUAUUAUCUCCUUCUCAGGAACGCUCAUAAAAUUUCCUUUUACAUCCAAAUCUGACAUUAACGAAAUUUGUGAAAAGAUAAGAAAUGUAACCACCGAAUUUAUACUUUUUUCGAGAAAUAUAAAAAGUUUACAUUUCCAAAUGAAUGGCUAUUCAUUUUGUAGCUGGAGUAAAUGUGACAAAUUUGCAACCAUUUCUCAUUUAGAAAAUGAGAUCAAUUUAGAGGAAAAGGUCUCCUACAGUUCUGUUCGUCACGAAUAUAAAGACCUAUCUAUCGAAUAUGUAUUGUAUACUAAUGAGCUCAAAAAUGAUAUCCAAGUAGAAGAUAACAACAAGGAGGAAAUAUAUUUUAUACAUGUAAAUGGUGAAAAAUCAAGCGAUAUGCAAAAAUGUGGCAAAAUUAGCGUAUACGAGAAUAAGGAAAACUCCAAUUGGCCGUAUUGUAUAAAUAUUGUGCAAAACAUUCCAAUAUUUAUAAAAUCUAUGAAUGAAGAAAAAAUUCAAAUCAGUUAUAUUACAAAUGGGAAACUUUCAGAAGCUGUUUGUGAUCUUUAUGUUAAAUUUCUCUUACUCCUUCGUCAGUUGAACAUUUCACGCAGCUCAUAUGAUUUUUCGUUAUAUUUUCCAGUAACAAUAAAUAGUCCAAUAAAUGGUGUACAAUUUGAUGGGGACAUUUUUUACCCUUUAUACAGACAACUAUUUGAUGAUGAAAAAAAAUUAAAAUUGUUUUUUAAUGGUAACCACUGGAUGAGUUUUACCGAAUGUAUAUUCAUUCCACAGGACCUGAAAAAUACUUUUAAACAUUGUAUCUCUGAUAUUGUAAAAUAUUCAAGUAUGAAGAAUUUAAUUUUUUACGAUGAAAGAGUGAGCAAUUGUUUAUACAGUUAUUUGAGUAUACUAUGUGAGGGAAAAAAAAGUUCAUUAGUUUCAAAAAUUUGUAGGCAGAAUUUAUUAUAUAUAGAAAACGUCCCUGAUAAAUUUAGACUCCUGGAUAAGCAAUAUACAGAUGAUGAAAUUGUAAAAAAAAAAUUUCAGAAUAGGACAAAUAAAUUUAUAUGUGAAGUAGUUAUAAAUAAUUUUUCCCAUAUAGAGUUCGAAAAUUGGAUUCCUAUUUUAUUGUAUCUUUUAGAGACUCACAAUACUUCUGUGAUUACAUGUCUUAAAAACUCUCCCUGUUUCCCAAAUGAAGAGAAAAAGUUCAAAAGGAUAUGCGAUUUGAUGUACCCCUUGGAUAGCAAAUACUUUUACCAAGCAGAGAAGCAAAUUGAAAAAGAAAAUGUCGUAUUAUUUAAUUUAAAUGAUGAUGGAAAUAACGACAAUUCUAUUCCAAAUGAAGAGAUUCAGGGAUAUAAGGAGAACAUCAACAUGAGGUAUAAUAAUCAAUGUUUGAGUUCAAAAAAUUGUAUUGAAAAAGAAAAUUUGUUAUGUAUCGAUUUGGUGAACAAAAUUAAGAAGGAUGGUUUUGAAAAAUUGAGAUUAUUAGGACUGAACUGCAUUGAGGAACAGUAUAAAUUAAAUGACAAUAUAAAUGAUAUUUUGCUUGAUUUAAAGACAUUAUUUUAUAGCAAACAUGUUUAUGAUUAUAAAUUAAAAAUUCUAAAUAAAAUAAUUUAUCUCUUAGAAAAAAAUAUACACUAUUUGGAAAAUCCUAUAGUGCUGCAAAAAUGCAGAGAAUCUUUUUUCUUGCCUUUAUACAAAAGCAAGAAUUUUAACUAUUUCCAACCUAUAUAUGAUAAUUCAUUAGGUGGUAACACACCAAUCAAAAAAACAAUUAACAGAAGUGCUACUAAUAAGGAUCUUGAAAAAAAUGGAUUCUGGUUCUAUAACGCAGAGACCAUUCCAAAUGAAAAAAAAAAGAGGGAGAUAAACCAGGGUACUUUUGUUACAACACUAAAGGGGAAUAAAAAUGAUGCUUUCCAAAGUAACUCUGAUAAUGCAUAUAAUAAGAUGAACCCAGGUACAGAAGUGUAUUCAGAAAGGAAAAGAGAUGAAACCGAUCAUCAUGACAAAGGUUUUGUGAAAAUAUGUGAAGCAUAUGAUAAAAAAUAUUUUAAUAUAAUUUUUUUGAAAAGAAAAUGUUACUAUUUGGACAAAUUGAAUAUUUCUGAUAAAUUAGGAAGCUUACUGAUGUUGCAGAAAGCUCCACAAAUGGUUGAUGUACUGGGACACCUAGAAUUGCUAUCUAGGAAUUCUAAAAAUGUAUGUUUUCAAAAUUUAUCAAAAUUGUACGAUGACAUAUAUGAACAUUUCGAGAAAUAUAUUAUUCAGCACAAAUUAAAGGAAAAGCUCACCUUCAUCAGGAAUGAUGAGGCUGAGGUGAUGGCCGUUGAGGGGGUGGCAGCAGACGUGACGACAAACCACAUUUCACCAAGGAAUGUGGCCACUCCUAGUGAACAUGAGAUGUUCCUCGAUUUUAUUCAAAAAAAUAAAUUUAUUUACAUAAAAAACAAAAUAUGGAAUGCUAAAGAUGUAUUUGUGACCAGAAAUAACAACAUACCAUUCAACCUUUUUUUGUGCGAACUGCCAAAAUUAUACAAAAUGAAGUAUCCAAAUUUGGUUGAGCUCAGUUGCGUACAGGUAAUGUUAAAACAUUCUAAAUUGGUCAGCAUAUUAAACAAAAUUGUGUCUAAAUUGAGGAGCAAAAUAGAGCAUACAGAUGAGAGAGAUAUAAAUGGAAAGGUGAAAAAAAAUGAGCCCAUUGAAGAAAAUGAAGAAAAGUUAUAUUUAACAGGAUUGCUAAAAUUGUCGUAUAUAAAUACCAUAAAUAUAAUUGAUAUCUCAUUUUGUGAUAGAAUUUCUCUAUGCAUAGAUGAAAAAAAGGGAAACUCAUAUGUGUUAGAAAAUGAUCAAAAAUUGGGCAAAGUGAAUAAAACAGACAAAAUGGAGGAAGUGAAUAAAACAAACAAAAUGGAAGAAGUGAAUAAAACAGACAAAAUGGAAGAAGUGAAUAAAACAGACAAAAUAGAAGAAGUUAAUAAAACAAACAAAAUGAUAGAAGUGGGGAAAAAAUUAAAAUGCCAAUGCUUUGAAGGAAUAUACUUGCCAAAUAGAAAAUAUAUUCUUGUGAAAAAGGAAAAUUUAAUAUACAUUAAUAACCCUAUACUGUAUAACAGUAAUUCACAAAAAAAUAACUUCGUUCAUAAGGAUAUUAAGGAGAAUAUUAUUGAUUUGUUGAAUGUACCAAAAAAGGAAAGGGAAAAUGAAGAAUCGAACAAAGGAAAAGAGAAAACUCAAAAAAGGUUAUCAAACCAAGGGAAUGAAAAAAGUUUGAAAAAGGGUUACCCAAAAAAUGUUCAAUUAAGAGAUGAGAAUAAAAUACUGAAGAGUAAACAAAAGAUGGCCACCAAAAAUAAUUUAAAAAAAAUAUUAAUUGAAAAAAAUUUUCCAAUUGAUAUGAAAAAGCAGGAGUCAACUAAAAAAGACAUGAAAUAUAAUUUAAUAGAAAUGAAAAAAAAAGAACAAAUGAGAAGAGCAGUAAUAAAAAAAGAAAAGGAGCCCAUUGUUAAUAUGGAACAAAAAUUAUUAACACAAAAGAAUGGAAAUAUUACAAGCACAAAUUGGACUAAAAGAAGAGAAUUAAAAAAGGAAAAUGAAUUAAAUGAAAACACACUUUUUAAAGAUUUAAAAAAUUUAAUUUUCUUUUUAGAUGAUAUAGGAUGUUUUGAUAUAAAGUUGAUAACAGAUAGAAGAACUUUUAGUUCUGAUUUUCUUCCGAAACAAUUCUUAAAAAGAGCAUGCAUGUGUGUGUACAUAAGAAUUAAAAAAGAAAAUUAUGAGAAUCUCCUAUUAAAAAAUAACGAAUUAAGUUCCUAUGCAUAUAUUCACAAUAUUGUACAUAAUAAGGAAUACUUAAAUGCAGAAACGAAUAACAAAGAAUCGUUGAAAUCGUGCAACGAUUUAAUUUGCCUUUAUCUAUUUGAGAACUUAUCUUACAUUUUAGAUUACUUGUUAAUUCGAAAUGGAAAUAAUGUUUCUGAGUGGUACCCAAAAUAUAGUGAAAAUCGAAACAAUGAUAUACAGAACUGUGACAAGAAAUGCAUUAACUCAGAUACCUUAUGUGAAGGAGUGAAGGAAGUACCUAUUGAGGAUACGACUAAUGGGCAAUCAUUAAAUAGAAAAAAAUCAGUUUACAAUGGAGAGCGUGCAACCCCCCUUUACAAUGAUGAAUAUAAGAUGAACAGUAACUCAACGAGCAUGCAAACAAUUGUAGAUGUGGAAAGUCCAAGCAAAAAGGUAGUGUUAUAUAAAAAAAACUACUGUGUUAGUAAGGAGGAUGAAGAAUUAGUGAAGGAUAUAUUUUUUUAUAAUUAUUUUCGAUUUCCAGAAAAGAAUACAUGGGAAGAAAAUGGAUAUUUGCGAAAACAGUCUAAAAUUGGAAACACAAACAGAAGAAGGGGAAUUCAGCAACUGGGAGAAAAAAAAAAUGAGGAGAGACAAAUAGAAAUUGGAAGUGUAGAAUACCCUCUAGGUUCUAUAUCAAUAAGCGACAUGGAAUACAAUCAAAUAGAACGAACACAAAUGAACAAAAACAAUAUAAACAUAGAGGAAGAACAAAUUGUAUGUAUUCGCUUGUACAGUAAACAGAAAUUAUCAAUUUUUAAAGUCAUCGAAAAGGUCAUUUUGGAAUGCAAAAAAUUUAACGAAAAAUUUUUUUUUUUUUCGAAAAGUCUCAUAAAAUUAGAUAUUAUAAAAAUAAACGAAAAGGGUGGACGGAUUGAAAAUAUAGCCAAUUUAGGAAUGAGUAUGUCUGAGUAUCAUUUUCAUUUGAGAGAAAAAUUUUAUAACUCAACUAAAAGAAUGGAAUUACAAGAUUUAGAACAAAAGAAGGAUGAUAUUAUAACCCCAGAGGAGACGGAUCGUAAACAUAUAGAAAUAUUUCUACAGUGUCAAAUAUACAAUGGAAAUAAAUCAAGCAGGUGGAUAAUCGGGUUAUUGGAUGACACCAGUAUAUCUAUCUGUUUUGAGCAUUAUCAGAUUUUCAGGAAACAUUAUUUGUUUCAAAAUUUGAAUAUAAUCUCAAAUAUUGACAAUUUACCAAUGCAUAUAAGUUGUAAUAUAUUUCAAAAUCAUGUUUAUAAUUUGAAAAAAUUGAAAAAUGAUAAAAAUUUUAAGAGAGUGUUAAAUAACAUAUCCAUUCUGUAUGAACACUUUUUGAAACUAGCUCAUAGAAAUGCAGUAAAGAAAUUGUUUAAAUAUGAUUCGAAUAAAAUACUGUGUAAAUAUAAGGGAAAAUGGAUUAAAAAGAAGCUUAUGGAGAGAUACAAUUCUGUGGUAGAUGCAGAUGUAAGUAAGAAUAUGAGUAAUUUAAUCAGUAUGCGUGGUGACAGUUGUGUAGGCCUGAACAGUUUAAUCAGUGUGAAUGUCGAUAGUAAGGUAAAUAUAAGGAGUUCAACAAGUAUACGCGACCAGAGUAUUGCUAACAUGAAUAGUAUGGCAAGUAUGACAAAUAUGACAAGUAUGACAAGUGCGACAAGUAUGACAAGUGCGACAAGUAUGACAAACAUGACCAGCAGGUUGGGUGUGCAUAGAACUAAUAUAGGAAAGAGCAUGGACAAGACUAAUGAUGAAAAUUCGAGGCAGACUUUUAAAGAAGAUAACAGUAAGGCCAUUUUGGAUUAUAUAUACAAAAUAGAUAAGAAUGAUAUUAAAACUUUUAACGAAAUAUAUCAAAUUUUUAAGAACAAAUAUCUUAAUUUUAUUCCAAAAAAAUAUGACAAAAAUGAUUUGUUUUGUUCAGUUGUUAAAAAUGUUUUUUUGAAUUGUUAUGAACUUCAAAUUUUGCCAUGCUUAAAGAAAAACGAAAAUUUUUACUCUUUAUAUUGGUCUAAUAUAUAUGAGUGUAUUAAUGUGUACCCCUUUUGCAAAUAUUUGAAUCAUAUAACUUUUUUCAUGCUAGAUUUAGGUUUGACUGUUCUACUUCCCUACUAUGAAAUUGAUAAUAUUGCCCAUAUGCAUAAAACGAUAAAUUCGUUAGCAGAAGAGGAAAUGUAUAUGCAGAUAAAUAUUGCACCCGAUGUGGAAACUUGUACACAUUCAGAAAAUAAUCCUUCAGCUAAGAGACAUGAUGAUAAUAGUUCUUUUGAAGUUAUCAAGGGGAAAAAGAAAGAACAAGAAACAUUAAAAAUUGAGAAAAAUGAUGAGAAAAUAGAAGAACAAGUUUUUAACCUAACACCGUGUUAUCUCAGAAGUAGAAUAAAAAAACAUAUUUCAAUUUACCAAAAUUUUGUUAAAGAACGUUUGAGUGAGAAGAAUCAUUCGACAGUGAUAUAUUUUUUGGAUUAUAUUUUUUCUGAUUUUAAAAAACAUGACACGUUUGAUGCUUUGGUGAAUGAUAUGAAAUGCAUACCUCUUUUGGUUAUACUGAAUUAUGACAGAUCAUAUUUGAAGAUGAAAAUUAAAAGCUUUGUAUGCUUGGAUGGGUUAACUAUUGGGGAUAAGUCUUCCAUUAUUAUAGAAAAGGAAGAUUUAAAGGAAAAAGAUCGAAGAAAAUCAUGUGCAAGCUGUGAUAAUGAAACAUUAAAAACGAAAUAUGAUGAUGGAGAGGUGGAAGAAGAAUAUUUGAAUAAUGUAAGUGAUAAAAUUAAUUGGAAUGAUGGAAACUAUUGGAGCUAUUUCAAUAGUCGUAAUGAUGAUACUGAAACAAUAGACUAUGGAGAAUGUUUUGAACAUUCGCUUCCCAAGCAAAAUGGAGAGGGGAAAAGGGAGGGAGAAAAAAAUAUGGUUGAUCCAAUAUGCACAGAUAACUUUCUGAAAAUUAAGAAUAACAACUUUGAUAAUGAAGAAAUUUUUAACUAUGAUUUUCUUAAUAUGAUUAAAUAUGAUGAAAAUUGCAGAAUUUAUUCUUCCAAAUAUUUUUAUUUAUUUGACUUAAGUAGUGUAAUGUUUAUAAAUGUUCAUUUUUAUUCGUUAUCAAUUUUGUCUCAUUUAUUAGAAACGAAAAUUAUAACAAAACUUUGUUUUACCAAUUUGUCUGCUGUGUUAGAGUAUAAUUUGUACCCCCAUAUUUUUCAUUAUUGCCCUAUAGUUGAUCCUACUGAUGAGAGUAAUGAUGAUAUUUUGUUGCAAGAUCAUGGGGAAGCAAUUUUGUAUGGUAUAUGGAAUAGUGGGAAAAGUAUGUUGAAGAGUAAUUUGAAUAAUAUAUCUCACAAAGAGGCUGAAGAGAUAGAUAAUGAGGCUCAUAAUUAUCCUCAUCAACUUAUUCAUCACAAUAUCAAAGAUGAAGAAAAUAAAAUUUCGAACAAUAAAUUCCUGUACAAUUGUGUAAAAAUUGCAUAUGACAUGAAUGUCAUAAUUUACAAUAGACUUCUACUAGAUAUGAUAAACGAACUAUGCAAUAAUAAUACAUACAAAAAUAUCAUUGAGUCUUUAAAUAAUUUCCGUCUUUUAAUCACUUUUGAUAAAUUAAAAGAAGAUGCGGAUAAAGAAUACAUGUAUGCCCAUAGCAUAAAUGAUAUAAGGAAUAUAAUAAGUUACCACUUUAAGGACCCUAAAAUGGAAUCUAUUUUAUUUUUAUUAGGAUACAAAAAAAUAUAUCAUACCAUAUCAAAUGAUUCGAUAUUUGGACAAUAUUUAAUAAAUGAUUAUGAAAAUAUUAUGUUAUCAUUACAUCGAAAUAGGAAAUAUAUUAAUUGGGAUAUUCUAACUAUUGAUGAUACAAAUUUUGUUUUACGUACCUUUUUAUCAAAUAUAAAAUUUAAUAGUAAUAACAUUUUUUAUUUUAAAGCCUUACCAAUUUUUUAUUCUUUAAAUUGUGCUACAUAUAUAGAUAUGAUAAACAAAUGUAAGAAUUAUGUUGUCUUGAAUACAAAAUAUGUUGAUUUAUUUAGUUCUAUAAUGUCACAAUUGAAUGUAUAUAGUAUCACUAUCGAUGGAGUUAAAGAGACGGUAGAAGAAUUCGAUGGAUUCCAUGAGAAUACAAAAAUUAACAUAAGAAAUGUAAAUGCAUAUGUAAAAAAUGCCCCGCAGGAUAAGAACAUGAUAAAUAGUAACAGUGACACUGAGAGGAACCAAGAAGUGGAAAAUAUAAAUGAUGAAAACCAUGAUGAACGAAAAAAUGUUCCCUUAUGUAGAAACAACCAUGAGGAAAAGCCUCUUAUGGGGUUAUGUUUUCUCGAAAAAAUUAAUAAGGAAGAGAAUAUUUGGAAUAAUGGUACUGCAUUGAUAAACAACACGUCAAACCAUUUCCCUUUGAAGAGAAGUUCAAAUGUGGGUCAUAUAGUACCAGUUAGGGGUAGCCACAUAAUAAAGGAACAAAUGAAAUAUAUUUUCCUUCAUCAUUCUGAUAUUAAUAUAAACUAUUGGAAACAUAUAAAUAUAGAAUGCUGGAGUAGUUAUGAUGUGAUUGCUAAUUUUCUUAUACAAGUGUUACGAAAUUGUAGGGACGAGAAUUUGUUUCACAAUAUUAUACUUUUUAUAUACAAAGAGUAUGAAGACAUUUUUGAAUAUAAAAAUUCUCAAGUAAAAGUUAAAAAUGAAAAAAAAAUUAACAACAUACAGAAUGCAUAUUAUGUGAAUAAUAUGAACAGUUCAGGAAAUUCUUAUGGUGAGUUCUUGUUGAUCAUUUUUGGUGAGUUAAAAGAAUUACGCUUAAAAUUUAGGGGGAAUUUACAAAUUUCUCAACUUUACAACUCAAAUAAUAAAUUAUUUAGGGAAUUUAUAAAUGAGAAAAGAUUGUUCAUGUUUGUGCAUGUAACUAAUUUAAGAUAUGAAAAGGAAUUUUUAGAAAAUCUAAAUUUUCAUGUAAGACCAAGCGUAACCGAGAUAAACAAUUUUCUUCAGAUUCUAAUUAAUGUUAUACAAAAAACACCGAGUGAUAAGACUUCAGACAUGGUUCCAAUUGAAGCAAUUUUUCAUGAAAUAUGCGUAGAUAAUAGCAAAUACAACACAAAUUUUGGUGAGGAACAUUUAUAUAAAAAAAUAGAUUCCAUACUAGAAUAUGUAAAUGAUAAUUUCGAGUUGCUGCUUAAGGAAGGGGGUGAAAAUUACACUUAUUUAAUGGGAUUCAUGAUGGAACUUUUAAUAAAUACCAACAUAUUUUCAAAAUGGGAACGUAAAUAUAAAAACAUUGAAAGCUACUACAUGCAAAAACGCAAAAAAAAAAUUGGAUAUUGGGUAGACAGAACAGAAAACAAAGAAAAUGUCAUCAUCCCAGGUAGCAAUAAUGAAGAGAUUCACAAAAAGGAAGAAAAAGAAGAAAAAAAUGAAAUAAAAAUAGAAGACGAAGAAGAAGAAAAAAAUAAAAUAAAAAUAAAAGACGAAGAAGAAGAAGAAAAAAAUGAAAUAAAAAUAGAAGACGAAGAAGAAGAAAGAAAAAAUGAAAUAAAAAGAGAAAAGGAACAGGUAAAUAGCUCAAUUACUAACCAUUCUAACGUCGAAAUGAAUGAAUAUAAGCACAAACUUCUCAAAUGCUGUACUAAUUAUUAUAAUGGUAAUAAAGAUGAGAAGCAGGAAGAGGCACAAAACGCUCCGAUGAGCUCAUGUAAAGAAGGUUGUAAAUUGAAUAAGAGCAGAACGAUAUGA